AUGUUCAAAGCAAUCUCAUCUCUGCGUAAAAGUCUGGUUCUACCUCUUCAUACACAUAUUCGUACGCUACAAACUUUCUCUAAGUACAACGCACAAGCUGCUUCAGCCUUGAGAGAGGAGCGUAAGAAGCCUCUUUACCAAGAUGAUGAGUAUGCUAAUAUGGACUGGGAUAAUCUCGGGUUUGGUCUAACUCCAGCUGAUUACAUGUACGUCAUGAAAUGCUCAAAAGACGGUGAGUUCACUAAAGGUGAACUUAACCGCUUUGGUAAUAUUCAGCUAAGUCCUUCUGCUGGAGUCUUAAACUAUGGACAGGCAAAGCCUCUUACAACCCCAAAUGCGAUAUAUGAAGGUACAAAAGCAUAUAGGAAAGAAAAUGGGAAGCUUCUUCUGUUUCGCCCUGAUCACAACGCUGUUAGAAUGCAGCUUGGAGCUGAAAGAAUGCUCAUGCCUUCUCCUUCUGUUGAUCAGUUUGUUGAUGCAGUUAAACAAACCGCUUUUGCAAAUAAACGUUGGGUUCCUCCUUCAGGGAAAGGGUCUUUGUACAUUAGGCCUCUAUUAAUGGGAAGUGGUCCAAUUCUUGGUUUAGGACCUGCACCUGAAUAUACAUUCAUUGUCUACGCAUCUCCUGUUGGUAACUACUUCAAGGUAGUAGCCUCUCUUUCUCUUCCUGUUUGGCCUUUUUUUCUCAGUGAUUGGUAAAUAUUUUCUCUACUUGUUUAUAGGAAGGUAUUGCUGCU